UUUGGGUCAUAGAUAGACUUCGAAAUGUAACAUAACGAUGUUUUCGGUCUUAUGUGAUAUCAUAAUGUAUGAGAUAUUUCUAAAAACACAAUCAAUAUAUCAAAAUAAUGUUUUAAAAGUUUGAUGGAAAUGAAACAACGUAAAAUGUACCAGUGUGAAAUUUGUUGAAGUUGAGUGUAGAAAACAUUAAAAGAACAAAAAUGCCAUACACAGACUGGAAAUUACCACAAAUAACAAGGAUGAAACUGAUGUGGCCAUCGCGAGUGACGACACUAAGUGUUACGCUAGGCAUGGCAAUAAUGGGAAUGUUGGCUUUUUAUUUCCGCUACCAACGGAAGAUCAAAAAGAAAGAAUUGAAAUCACCUUCAGAACAAACUUCCAGGAAAAAUAAUUUACACUUGCCAAAUGGGGAUAUCCAUGGGCAUACUUUUGGCAGAUAUACAGAGAGCCCAUCUUCUCUUCUGAAUUCCUUAAAACAGAAGUCUUUGUCAGGUUCUGUGUCCAGUAUAGGUGGCGCCUCUUCUGCUUCUACAAUAACCCACCAGCUAGUUGACACAAGCAGCAUGUCACCAACACAGCUCUGUAAACUAGGUUUUGAAACACUCCAGCAAGCUGUGGUAUAUUGGGAAGAUGGUUUAAUGAAGUUAUCCUUUAAUGAAGAUAGGUCCAAACCAGCAAUAUUGGAUCCAGAGACAGCGGAGUUGCAGCAUCAGAUGGACCAACUGCUAGAUGCCGCUUACAGAAUGAUUGAUAAUUUUGAACGGCGUGCAGAACGACAAGCUGACAGUAUCGCCCUGGAGUUAGCUAUGGCGGCAUACACGGAGACUGACAUACAGUCAGAGAGAACAAAGAGCUUUGAUGCAGGGUCUCUUAGUGACCAAGACUCCUUUGUCUCCGCUACAGAUAUGGCAAACUUAUCAGAUUUAGAUAACCACAGAGAAAUGUUUCAGCAUCUUCCAUUAUAUGAAGCAGGUCUCUUAGAAUUAAAACAUGGCCAUGUGCCCUGCAGGACUCUAAGGACAGAGAUGACACAGUGUAUUUCAGACACAGAGUUCUUGGCAAAGUUACACUGUAUCCGUUUAGCUUUCAAUGUUAUAUUUAAACAAUCAAGCCAAAGAGAUUACUUCAAAACCAUGGGAAAACAAUUAAUCGGUGAUCUGCUGAUCAGAGCUGAUAGGGAUCCAGAGGAAUUCUACACUGCAUAUAAUGCAAUGGUAGAUUUUAUUGAAGUGGAGGAUAAUUGGCUCAAAAUUGAAGAAGAAUUAAAAGGACGUGGAGUAAAAUGCAUGUCAUUUUAUGACAUAGUAUUAGAUUUUAUUCUGAUGGAUGCUUUUGAUGAUUUGGAAAAUCCACCAUCAUCUGUAAUUGCUGUUAUACAGAACAGAUGGUUAUCAAAUAGCUUCAAAGAAACUGCUCUCUCAACAGCUGUUUGGUCUGUUUUAAAAGCCAAACGACGUCUAUUGAAGUUUUCAGAUGGAUUUAUAUCCAAGUUUUACUCUAUUUCUGAACACACAAGUCCAGUAUUAGCCUGGGGUUUCAUGGGACCAGAAUCAAAUCUAAAAGAAUUAUGCAUGUUUUUUAAGGAGUCGGUAUUGAGGUUUCUCAGGGACAUGUUUAGUUUUGAGUAUGUCCGUUACACAACAGUUGAUGAAUUAGCAGAAGACAUUGCUCAGUUGUUACAAAACAGAAUUGAAGAAGCAGCUGACAAGAUCUCUCCAGAAAAGUUGGAGUUUUAAAAACAGGAUUGGACUUUAAGCCAUUCUGUUACAGUUUUUAACUUGAGUUUUUUAAUCAUCUGUGAUUAAUUUAUGGAGCCGUUAUGAAUACACCAGGAGUUUUAACUUGCCAGAGUAAAAGGCCUCAGUGAACUUAUCAUUUAGAAUUUUGUCCUGUCAUCUUUAUAUUCAUUCUUUUUUCAAAAUCUUCCAAACUC